AUGUAUGACACCUUUGACAACAACUAUCAGUCCACCAUCGGGAUCGACUUUCUCAGCAAAACCUUGUACCUGGAUGAAGGGCCAGUGCGCCUGCAACUAUGGGACACGGCUGGCCAGGAACGAUUCCGAAGCUUAAUACCAAGCUACAUCAGAGACUCAGCUGCAGCUAUCGUCGUUUAUGACAUUACCAACAGGCAAUCAUUCGAAAAUACAACCAAAUGGAUACAAGACAUUCUAAACGAAAGAGGGAAAGACGUGAUCAUCGCGCUAGUGGGAAAUAAAACGGACUUGGGAGACCUCAGAAAAGUUACGUACGAGGAAGGGAUGCAGAAGGCUCAAGAGUACAACACAAUGUUCCAUGAAACCAGUGCCAAAGCGGGCCACAAUAUAAAGGUCUUGUUUAAAAAAAUUGCCGCCAAGUUACCCAACCUUGAUAACUCCAACUCGAACGAUGCGAAUGUCGUCGAUAUACAGCUCACAAACAAUGCAGCGGCGAAUGAGAAAAAUAUGCUCAGCAAGUGUAUGUGUUAA